GCUCUGAUUUGUUCUGCCAGCUGACGGGGUACAGCAAGGAGAAUAUCCUGCGUCGCAACUGCCAAUUCUUGAAAAGUCCCACGCGCGAUGUGAUCAAGGGCAACGUGCCUCAAUACACCGACCACGCCGCCGUGGCACACUUGAAGCGAAAGGUGCUGCGCAGGAAGGAAUUCCAAGCGAGCUUCCUCAACUACAGCAAGGACGGGACCCUGUUCAUCAACCUCGUCACUGUCAUUCCCAUUCAUCUGCUGGACUACGGCGAGACGACCCACUUGGUAGGGUUCCAGGUCCAUCUGACACGUUCGCCGGGUGCGGUGCUGAAGCAGCCGGACAAUGGCAGCUACGUCGUCGAUCAC